AUGCAAAUUUGCGUACUGGCCCAAUCGAUCAGCGGUCUCUCCCCUGACGAUAUUUCGACGAAAGGUACUGCCAUGGCUAUGGAUGAGAGGUUCGCUGUCGUACGUGGGAUUGAAUCACUAAUGAUCAAAGAAUACUGUAGAAAUGUUCCUGACUAUAUGGGUGAGGCAAUGAUCUUGGCAAUAGUGUUCAAGUAUGCUGAACGCAACGAACAGUCCUGCUUCCUCAUUACUGCAAGUUUCGUCUUUUAA